AUGAUGACUGACAUAGCAGAAAAAAUACCUAAUACCAAUACAAAUAAUAAUUCUUCUAUGGAGGUGUCAAAAGAAAUAUCUGACAGUAGUGCCAAUAAUAAUAAUAAUAAUUUCAACAUUAAUUUACUAUCAAUUCAAAAAGAUACAAUAAAUGUGAGAAAACAAUGUGACGAGUUAGAAUCCUUAAUUGUCUCGCAGUUGAAAAAUAAUAAUCAUUCAUUGAAUCAAUUUAUGAAAACUUUGAAAACUAUAUCACAUAACCAAAAUGUAUUAGAAAAUAAAUUGGAGGAUUUAAUGAAAAAUCAAAUGAAUACAGAUAUCCUAGUUAAUAAUAUAAAUCAAAGAUUAAAUCUUAUAUCGACUUUAAUUAAUCCCAAAAAUUUAUCAAAUAAAAAAACUUUAUCAGCUAAAGAUAUUAAUAUUCUACUAUCAAAUAACUUUAACAACAAUACCACCAUCACCACCAACAAUAAUAAUAAAAAUAAUAAUAUCAAUAUUGUCAAUGGGUUAACCACUUCUACGAAAAGAGGUCCAGGCAGACCAAGAAAGAAUCAAACCAGAUAUAUUAAUAAUACUGGUAACGCCAAUAAUAAUAAUAACAGUAGUAACAACAUGAAAAGUUUAGAAAACAAUCAAAUUAAUAAUUUAUCUCCAAUAAAUGUCUCUUUACCAACAGGCACCGUUCAGAUUUCUAAAUCAAAAAGGUAUUUUAUUGAUCCUUUGGAUUCAAACAGUUCUUCAAUGUCUCCUUUGUUGCCCUUACGUACAUCCUCUUCAAAUAAUAAAUCUAAAAUCAUUACGUCAGUAUCACCAAGAAAAAUAAAAACAAGAGGUAAAAUAAAAAAUUACGCUGAAGAAGGAGAAGAAGAGGAAGAAGAAGAAGAAGAAAAUAAUGAAGAUAAUAUCGAAGAAAAAAAUAAGCAUAGGAAUAACAACACCACGAAACAAAAACUUGCAUCACUAAAGGAUAGAAAAUUAAAAACUGAGGAUAAACGUCUUUUAAUUGCGCAGGAUAACACAGCAGUGGCUACUACUCCACCAAAAAGAAGAAGAGGCAGACCACCGAAGUUGAGAACUGUAGAGACUGUUCUAUUAAAUACAUCAAAUCAAAUCAAUAAAGAAAACACAACCAAUGAUAAACUAUCUCAUUCUUCUCAACAGUCAAAUUUCAAUAAUGACGAUACUACUAACAAUAUUGAAAAUACUACUUUGGUAGACCAAACAAUAUUAACCAUCGAUACAAGUAAUAGUAAUAUAUCCUCCGCUAAUAAUUCAAAUAUGCAUAAUCCUGUAGAUGAAAAUAAAAACAAUGAUAUAAAUUCAAAUUCAAAUUCAAAAAUAGUAUCAGUUAAUCAAGAUACCUUAACUACCAUCAACAACAACAGCCACAACAAUAAUAAUAUUACACCACUUUCUAUCCCAAUAACAAAAAUAAUCCCUUUUAAACCAGAAAAUGAAAAUGAAAGGGAUAUUAUAAAUAAAGAAAAACCCAAAGAUGAACUUUCGAACGAUAAAUUACCACAAGAAAAUAAAGAACAACAAAGGAAGUUAGAUAGAUUAAGAGAUUCAAGAGAAAAAAUGUUAACUAGCUUAAAAUAUAACGACAGAGCAAGAGCCAAGUCCUUUAUGGAAUCAAACAAAGAAUUAUUAAUGGCUUUGAAAUUGGAGGAAAGAAGGAAAAGAUUAUCUUCAAAUUAUGAACAUACACUUCCCAUAACAUCAAAACAACUAAAGAAUGAACAAGAGGAUCACAGUACUACAAAACCAUUAGAUCAAUCUGACUUAGAUAAUUCAGAUAUACUUACUAUGAAAAAAGACAUAACCACUAAGACAACUAUAGAUACACACAAAUUAAAUGAUGCAACUGUAGAAACUUGGGAGAAAAAAUUUCCUGGUCAUUUUCCAGAAGUAAGUCUAUCUAAUAUUGUGAAUCAAAAAUUAGUUGAUGAUAGUACUGUUACUACCCCCUUUGAUGAUAAAAAGACAGAUCUAUUAAAUUUGCUUAAUUCAGAUCCAUAUUUUCAAAGGAAUAAUAAUGAUAUGAAGAAACUUUCAAACACAAACGCAAACUUCCAAACAGAACCAGUAGAAACCAAGAUUCAAAUAUCAGGCAAAAUACCAACCAUAAAUGAUACAAGCUUGCAGUUAAACAUGAAUAAUGUCAAAGUAAAUUGUCCUUAUAAUUUAAGGACAAAAAGAAAAUUAACAGACCCAAACAGCACAGUCUUCCCUAAAAUAUCCCAAGAAUCAGAUACAAAUCCAACAACUAAAAAAGCCAAAAUAUCAACAAUCGAAAAUUCGAAACAAACUGAAAAUAAAAUAGACUUAAAAGAAAAUAAUUUGAUAAACAAAUCAACGGAUAAUAUGAAGAACAUUGAAAUAGAAGUGGCUUUAGAUAACGGAUCCAUAAGUGAUGAUUCAAUAAGUGAGGAUCUACCCUUUAAUGAACCAAUAGAAUUAGUUUGCAAAGAUGGAUUCUUUUAUAAUAAGGGGUCUGAUGAACCAAUAACUAGCGGUGAUUAUUUAUCAUAUAAGUUUAAGGGUAAAGAAAAAGAUUUGUUGGCUAAAAAAUCGAGUAAAGACGAGGAUGGGAAACAUGGAAAUUAUACUAGUGUUACAAUGGGCUCAGUAAAUAAAUAUGAUAGAACAAAUGUUCAUGUUUUGCAAAGUGCAAUUGAACAAGAAACAGAAUUUGCAUAUAGAGUUCUUUCUAAAACUACAUUGACAGAAAGCUACGUAAAUUCUUUAGAAUAUUUCAUCAUGGAGUUCCGUUGGGAAAAUAAGUUGGUAAGUCUUGGUUUAAAAUUACGCGAAUCGAAGAGAACAUGGCAAAGGAGAAAAGCGUUAUUCACUUUAUUUGAUUUUUGGAGGGAUCAAUCUAUUGAAAAACGUAAUUUCCCUAACUUCACUAUGCUACACGCUAUUAAAGAGAUGGAAAAUUAUCGUAUAUUUAUUAAUAGAUCAGUCUCAUGGUUUUAUAACCAUAUUACACUUUUAAAGAUGAUCCUAUACGAUUUGUGUGAUAAUGUUGAUACACAAUGGAGAGAUUGGAUGUUUCCUAAGGAUAAACCUUUACCUGUUAUUGGAGGUUACGAUGAGGCAUCAAAGUCUAUCAUAACAACAGAAAAUAUUAAUGCAAUACUUGAUAAAGCUCUAGUUUUUGAUCUAUUAGAUGACGGUACUGAAAAUAAUGAAAUUAAACAAUCUCAAGUAGUAGCACCUAAUGUUAAAUCUUCACAAGAAACCUAG